AUGGUGAAGAGCCACAUCUCCAAGGUGGGGGGAGACGCUGGCGUCUUCCGGAAACCAGGUGUUCCCGUCUUCCAUGAUGCACUGAAGGGCUGUACAAAAGGUAGGCAUAAUAGUGAGAAGCCACCUGAACCAGUCAAGCCAGAAGUCAAGACUACUGAGAAGAAGGAACUAUCUGAAUUAAAACCCAAAUCUCAGGAGCACAUCAUUCAAGCCCCUAAACCAGUAGAAGCAAUAAAAAGACCAAGCCCAGAUGAACCCAUGACAAAUUUGGAGUUAACAAUAUCUGCUUCCCUAAAACAAGCACUUGAUAAACUUACAUUGUCGUCGCGGAAUGAAGAAGAUAAAAAGGGAAAAGACAGUGAUGAAAUUAGGAUUGGGACCUCCUGUAAAAAUGGAGGGUGUUCAAAGACAUACCAGGGUCUACAAAGUCUAGGUGAAGUCUGUGUCUAUCAUUCUGGAGUGCCUCUUUUCCAUGAAGGGAUGAAAUAUUGGAGCUGUUGUAGAAGAAAAGCCUCUGAUUUUAACCCAUUCUUAGCCCAAGACAGCUGUGUGACAGGGAACGUGUGGAUGAAAAAGGAUGCUGGGAAAAAAAUUGUUCCAUGUAGACAUGACUGGCACCAAACUGGGGGUGUCAUCACCAUCUCAGUGUAUGCUAAAAACUCACUUCUAGAACUUAGCCAAGUAGAAGCAAAUAGUACAUUGCUAAAUGUACACAUUGUAUUUGAAGGAGAGAAGGAAUUUCAUCAAAAUGUGAAAUUAUGGGGUGUGAUUGAUGUUAAGCGAAGUUAUGUAACUAUGACUGCAACCAAGAUUGAGAUCACCAUGAGAAAGGCUGAACCCAUGCAGUGGGCCAGCCUUGCACUGCCUACAACCAAAAAGCAGGAGAAACAAAAAGAUAUUACAAAUGAAUUGGAAGAGAAACAGAAAGCUAUUGUCUGUUGCAGAGUUCUUAAUGUGUGGUGA